GACGCAUCCGAAGGAUGUGGGUUGCAAAAUUGCAAUUGUAUCGCCUGUGAGGGGCUGAGCGAUGACGCAUCUGGUCAGGAUGGUUGACGGUCCUUUGCGCUUUGGACACCCACUCUCUUGACAUCGCCAACCUGUCGUCUAGUUGCUGGAUUUUGACGAGAUUAGGGUAGUGGCUGUCGGCACAUAUUCUUUGGCUGGUGAUCUGAUUCAUAGACAGUUAAUGUUGACAGUCACUAUUGGAGCUGAUGCAGUAAUCUCAGCACUCAGCCUUCUUAGGUCAGUUUGCAAAAUGAUGUGCAGCUCAUUUCAUAAUAGAUUGUGACAAUUAUUGAUUCUUUUGUGGAUCUUCCAUUGUCAUUUAAUCAUUUUCCAUUAUGGUGGUGUCUCAUUGACUACUAUCUUUACCAGCAAAGAACUCAUUAACUAAAUUUAGUCUCAUCUUGUUAGAUUUUCAGAAGAUUAGGUGCAGGUCCUUGCUGGGAGUCAUUUUGUCAAAACUUAUAUACGCAACGUGUUUUCCUAUCGCUUCUUCUAAAAUGAUAUGAUGGAGUGAACCAAAUACUAACUGAAAUUUGAAAGUUAGGAUAAAUGCUUCAACCAAUUUGCUUAAGGUUAAUUUUGUUUGAUUUAUCCAUUCAGUUUCUUUCCUGAUUUGUCCUAGUAUGAUGUUAAGCCAAUCAUGCUUUAAUGGCUGUGAUUUUCAAGCUCACUUCUCCAUCUAUGUACUUCUGCAAUUGUGUUCUUUUAAGUAAAAUUUUCUGAUAACUUAAUCAUGAUUUGAAAUUGGAAGGCAAUUCAUUUAUCAAGAAAAACACUACUUUCCCACUUCUGAGUUCUGAAGAUCGAAAAUCGAAGAUCGAAACGGAGGAACGGAGCACUACCUUCUAUGCUGCAUCUCGCUUCAAAACUUCUUCGCAGAAAUUCCUCCAAACCCUCAGAAAUCUACCAGCU